AUGGUUACGGGUUGGUGGUCUGCUGUCGGUUUAAUCCAGUGCAAAUUUCUGAAUCCUGGUGAAACUACUACGCCUAAGAAGAGUAUUCAACAACUGAUGAGACGAAAAGCGUCGAGAAAGAAGAAAAGAAAAAAAAAGAAAAAAAGGAAAGAAAAGAAAGAGAAAGAAAGAUCGAAAACGUCGAAAAGAGCGAAAUCUGCAACACCUACAGCCGGCAUCACAGAAAAGGUCCACGAAACUUCGGAUCGCACCUCACACAACCAACGCUUUAAAAGCUGUACUAUAAAGUCUUGCCACAACCUUCAAAUUCACUUUACCUGUCGCCAACCGACUAACACUUCUCCAUGUAUUUUGACAAUUCUUUACAAAGGAAACAGUCCUACAACCACCUUUCCAGGAGCUGGUUAA